CAGGGCUAAGAAGGCGUGUGAUGUUCUGUUUUAGUACUUGUACAGACAGGAGUCCGCAUCAACUACAUAGCUGGAGUACUCAUUGAGGGAAUGAGGAACUGCCUGAGACCUGUGGACACAAAUUCUCUCUAGAAAUGGACAAAUGAGUGCAUUCCAGGGAAUGAGAUUCAGCUGCUUGUGUGGAAGGAACAGAGCACAAGAUGAAUGAGGCAAUAAGAUGCACCCUAGUAAACUGCAUUUGCCUGGGUUUCAAGCCUGGAAAAAUAAACCAUCGUAACUGUGACCAAUGCAGACAUGGAUGGGUAGCACACGCACUCAGCAAAUUACGAAUCCCACAUUUCUAUCCCACCACCCAAGUCGAGAUUGUUCAGUCCAGCGUGGUGUUUGAUAUCAGCAGUCUCAUGCUGUAUGGGACUCAGGCCAUUCCGAUCCGUCUGAAAAUCCUGCUGGAUCGUCUCUUCAGUGUCCUUAAGCAGGAAGAGGUUUUGCAGAUUCUUCAUUCGCUUGAUUGGACGCUCCAGGACUACAUCCGUGGUUACGUACUUCAGGAUGCCGCUGGAAAAGUGCUAGACCAUUGGACUAUAAUGACUGUGGAGGAGGAACUGGCUACGCUGCAGCAGUUUCUUCGUUUUGGAGAAACAAAAUCUAUUGUGGAACUUAUGGCAGUGCAUGAGAAGGAGGGCUAUUCUGUACUAAUACCCAGUGGCAGAGCCAAUUCUGACAUAAGAGCCUUCAUUGAAAGCAGCAAUCUUAGGAGUAGUCCCAUUCCAGCUCUGGAGAAAACCCCCCCAUCCUCUGUUCACCCCUUUGAGAAUAUGCUCAACAAUAUGGCCUUCACACUGCCUUUCCAGUUCUUUAGCCCUGUACCUCCUCCUUUAAUAGGAUCGCCACCAGAAAGGCCACUGAAUGAAAAAAGUCAAGACCGGGGGAAUGAGCAUAAACCAGACACUCGUAUAUCAUUUUCUGAAAGCAGCUUCUUCACUUCCAGUUCUGCAUCAUUUCUUCUGGGGAAUGAGUCCAGCGUAAGUGCUCAAGAUGUCAUCACCAAAGUAGAAGAUGAUAGCCCUCUAAGUGACUCUAGCUCACAUAACACGGUGACAAACUACGACAUGUCUUCCAUAUCCCCAGAAAGCAAAAUAAAGUCUGCGGAGCGAAAUGGCACUGGACCAAGAAAAGGUCGAGUCUUCUGCACUGCCUGUGAAAAGACUUUUUAUGACAAAGGAACACUGAAGAUUCAUUACAAUGCUGUCCAUCUGAAGAUAAAACACAGGUGCACAAUUGAGGGAUGUAACAUGGUAUUUAGCUCUCUGCGUAGCAGAAAUCGUCACAGCUCGAAUCCCAACCCAAGACUCCAUAUGCCAAUGAACAGAAACAACAGAGACAAAGAUCUAAGGAAUGGUCUAAUUAUCUCUGUGUCUGAGGAUCACAAGAGAGCAUCUAAAUCCUCUUGUAUAGACAACAGAUCUGCUCCUGGCUACGUAGGUCCUGGCACAGACACAAAAAUGCAGUCUGGUAUCCCCAAUGUUGGACAAGGUUGUGUGCUCAUUCCUAAUCUGAAGACGGUGCAGCCAGUUCUUCCAUUCUAUCGAAGUCCAGUUACACCCGCAGAACUGGCAAAUACACCGGGCAUACUUCCGUCCCAUCCUGUGAUUACUUCAUCGAUUACAGAAAAGCACAUUACCAAUGAGUUUCCUUUAGAUGCAAUGCCCAAAAAGAAGUCUCGAAAAUCCAGCAUGCCAAUAAAAAUACAGAAAGAAGCAAUGGAAACGUCAAAUGAGAACUCUGAAAACGUUGGUUCUGAAGAGGACGUACCAUCUCACGAUACCAAUGGCAAUGGUUUUGAAAUGCGCGAUAAAAAUGUAGAGACUGAGAGCUCUUGUGUGCCACAGGAAGAUAAUGCACAGUCUCCUGUUUCAUUUCAAUCAUAUGAAGCGGAGGAGCAACAUCUUGAAUCUGUCCACGAUAAAAGUUAUGAUCUUUCUUCCGACUCUGAAAAUGAAUUUGAUCUAUUGGAGAAAGAGAGUCAUCGAGAAGACCAUGCAUUAAAAGGGGAAUCUAGUGAAAAUAAAUAUGAACACUCAAACAACUUUAGUGUUGUAAAGCAGUUGGCUGAACCUUCCAUGUAUAAUAAAGAGCAGCCAAAACACACAGAUUCCGAGGACGGUAUUGAAUUUCGACAUUACCCUCUGAGCGGAGGUCUCUUUGGUUCCAUUUCUCGGAAGACUUCUGGCUUUGACUCUGCAGACCUAAGUUGUGGGGAAAAAGCCCUACAUGUACCAAAAGAAGAGAAUCGCUUCCAUUGCGAGAUAUGCAAAAAGGCAUUUAAAAACCCCUACAGUGUUAAAAUGCAUUACAAAAACGUACACCCCAAAGAAAUGCAUCUGUGUACAAUUGAAGGUUGCAAUGCUGCUUUCCCCUCUCGCAGGAGUAGAGACAGGCAUAGUUCCAACCUGAAUCUCCAUCAUAAGCUACUGACCAAAGAUGCUCUGGAAUUGCAAAACAACCCAUACACCAUCCCCUAUCUUCUUAAAGAUAUGACAAAGGAUUGUUAUCAAGCCUCCCCAUUAAAAAAUCCUGGACAGACAUCUGUGAUCUUCAAAGGCAUGAACAGAACAGGGAGUCUGGUUUAUCCCAUGAGCAAGAUCAGAGACCCUUGUUUGGACAGCUUUGGUGCAGACCAUGUCAAUGACAGUGUUGUGUUGGAUUUAAGCACCAAUUCCAGUAUGAAAUCUGGGAGCAGCUCUCAUUCCUCCUGGGACUCCGAUGGCGGUAGUGAAGAAGGUAACAUACCAGUGGAAGAUAGUGAUGAAAGCUGUGAACAAUUGAACUUCAUAUGCCAAGAAGAGCUCUACCAGAAAUGUAAUAUGGUUCAUAGAGCUCACCAGAGUUUCUCAAACAUACCAUCUGGUAUGCCAAUAACCUGCCACAUCUGUCAGAAAACGUACAGUAACAAGGGGACAUUUAGAGCCCAUUACAAAACCGUCCAUCUCCGUCAACUCCAUAAAUGUAAAGUAGCAGGAUGCAACACUAUGUUCUCAUCUGUGCGCAGUCGAAACAGGCAUAGCCAAAACCCUAACCUGCACAGAAGCUUAUCAGAAACACUUAAUACCUUUUAGUUGAAUGAUUAAAUGCAAACGUGUAUAUUACCUUUUUAACUGCACACCUUCCUUCUGCAGUUGCCUUUAUAAUGUUUUCCUUCUCCUGCUUGAUGCCGUAUCCACAUAGAUGUAUACGUGGCAUACCUCUGAGCCCAGCUUUAGACAGAAUUUCGUUGACUUCAUAAAUCAUAUAGAUAAUGGGGGUGGUCUCGGUUAGCCAUAAUUUCUCUGUAUUUAGCAAAAAAAAACACUAUUUGUUUCCUCACUAUUUUUGAGGGGGAAGAACUAAUAUA